AUGACUGCGCGACUUGUUAAAGUUCGCUUACCUCUGCAAAGCUUUCUUAUUAAGGAACUAGAACAAGGAGUGUCACAUGCAGGUGCCCGCGCGGAGGAGACCCGCGUGGCAUGGUGGGUGUCAUGGGUGGUGUCGUGGGCGGUGUCACGUGGGGCUCUCUGGGAGGCGCGGCACUCGCGUGCUCUGCUCGAUCAUGCAGCUGCACCCCACUGCCACUUCGUGGGUCUUGAUCUUCUUGGUAUUCUUGUAGUAAACCAGCACGGUGUCACGCAUCUCCACGCACUCCAUCUGGUGGUUGGCGUGCGAGUGUUGGCAGCACUCAUGUCUCGGGAUGUGCUGCGCUUCGCACCAGUGGUUGGGCUCCUGAGCACAGCGCAUCACCUUGAUGCGCUGCGGUACCCGGUUCAUGUCCACGUCCACAUCCACGACGAUGGGGCACACGGUCUUGUUGAUGACUUCGCUGAGGUCCACGACACGGACGUGUGUCGGUGCGCAGUGUGCGGCGAGUGCGGCGGCAAACGUGCGGCGAGUGUGCUGCGAGCAUGGCGGCGGGGCGCGCGCGGCUCAGACGCGUGUCGACGGCCGCGCCGGCUGGGUUGCGCCGGCUCCCGACCGGACGAGACGGUUCGAGUUAGAGAACGGUGUGAUGUUAUCGGUUUUUUUUCGAAC